GCAACUGAAACAAGGAGUCUGCGGGCUGCUCGCCUCUGGCGCGCUUUCACCCGCCUCCCGGGGUCUGUGUGGUGACUCCGUGCCUCUUGCCCCCACCGUGCUCCUCCUUUAAGAACGAAACCACAGCAACAGGUGAGGACGUGAACCAGCAGCCUUUGUCACAGGAUCCCAGCAGGAUGAGUGACAGGGAGGCGGGAGGCGGCUGAGGAGGUGAGGUCAUCAGAGAGGGUCCUCACCCCGGUGGGGACGUCCCAAGAAGAUGACGCAGCUUCAGCGCUGAGCCCCAGCCCCGGCCCGCCAUCUGCGCACGGAGCGCAAGCCCCAGUGACCGCUCCUGCAGGGGCCGUUCUGAUUGGCUGAGUCUCCGCCACCUCGCGCGCGCACUGGCUGUGUGCGGGGUCCUGGCAACAGCGCGCCAACCGCUCUGUUCUCCGCGGCAGCCAUUCUCUGCUUCCCAGCCCCGGCCCCUAGCGGCCCGGGAGGCUCAGUCCUUGCUGCUCGGUGAACUUCCCUCUCUCCACGAAUCCUCAGGAGGACACCCACAGCCUCAGAGACGGAGAAUGGGAUAAUUCUACGGACUGCUUCAUGUUUCCAAAAGCAAAGAAAAUGAAUACACCUUCAGUCAUAUAGAUGAUACAGAGGACGUGGUUUACUACCAACCUGGAAAGAAACACUCAGCAUUCUAUCAUGGUGUUGGUGUCAUUUGAAGACCUGGCUGUGGACUUCACCCAGGAGGAGUGGCAGGACCUAGACAAUGCUCAGAGGACCCUAUAUAAGGAUGUGAUGCUGGAGACCUACAGCAGCCUGCUAUCCUUGGGGCACUGCGUUAUCAAACCAGACUUGAUCUACAAAUUGGAGCAAGGAGCAGAGCCAUGGAUAGUGGAAAAACCCCUAAACCAUAGCCUCCCAGUUGUCCAGGAAAUGAGUGACCUGAUUGAGUCCAACCAGGAAAGGCAAGACAUAAAUUUGGGACAAAUUGCAAUCAGAAAAAACACAUCAACUCAAGAGAGACUCGAAUUAAGAAAAACAGUUAAUUUAAGCUCAAGCCAUAUUCCAAAACUAAUUACAAAAAUAAAUUGUUCAGGAAGGAAAACUGAAGCGAGCAGUGCAUUUCAGAAUAUGCAUUUCACUAGUGGGCUGGAUGAGAUGCAAGUACAAGAGAAAUCUGAUGGCUGUAAUACACCUGGGACAGCCCUCUCACACUGGGAGCAACUUAGACAGCAUCACGAGAUUCAGACUGUGCAGAAGCCUUUUGAACAGAGUGGACAAUGGAAAGCCUUCAAUAGGAAGACGCUGUUGUUUGCAUGUGAAGAGGCUUAUGGAGGAAAGACCACACAGAUAGAAAAUAAAGCUAUCCAUGAAAAUUCUAAUGUCACUGAACAACAGCAAUCACAUAUGGAAGAGAAACCAUAUGAAUAUGUUGAGGAAACUCUCACUUACUUGUCAGAUCUUACAAUAAGUCAGAGACCACAAGUAGGGAGAAGACCCUAUGAAAGUAAAUGCCACCAGGAAUCUUUCAAUUGUAAAUUAUGCCUUACCAUCCAUCAUAGAACUCAAGUAGGGGAAAAGUCCUGUGGGUAUAACGAAUGUGGAAAAGUCAAUUGUCAACACUCAGACUUAGUUAGAAAUCAAAGAAUUCAGACAGAUGAGAAAUCUUAUGAAUGUGGAAAAAUCUUUGACCAGAAGUUAGGCCUCAUUAAGCAUCAGAAAAUUCAUACAAGGGAGAAAGCCUAUGAAUGUGAUGAAUGCGGAAAAGCCUUUCACCUGAAGUCACACCUCAUUAGACAUCAGAGAAUACACACAGGGAGAAAACCUUAUGAGUGUGAUGAAUGUGGAAAAGCCUUUCGCCAGCGGCCACACCUCAUUACCCAUCAGAGAAUACACACAGGGGGGAAACCUUAUGAAUGUGAUGAAUGUGGAAAAGCCUUUCGCCAGACAUCGAACCUUGUUACCCAUCAGAGAAUACACACAGGGUGGAAACCUUACGAAUGUGAUGAGUGUGGAAAAGCCUUUCGUCAGAAGUCAAGUCUCAUCACACAUCAGAGAAUACACACAGGUGGGAAACCUUAUGAAUGUGAUGAGUGUGGAGAAGCAUUUCGUCAGAAGUCACAUCUCAUUACACAUCAGAGAAUGCACACAGGCGGAAAACGCUAUGAAUGUAAUGAUUGUGAAAAAACAUUUUCCUGGAAUUCAAGCCUCAUUAUACAUCAGAGGAUUCACACAGGGGAGAAACCUUAUGAAUGCAAUGAAUGUGAAAAAGCCUAUCACUGGAAAUCAGACCUCAUUACACAUCAGAGGAUUCACACAGGGGAGAGGCCUUAUGAAUGUAAUAAAUGUGGGAAAACCUUUCAUCAUAAGUCAUCCUUCAUUAAACAUCAGAGGAUUCAUACAGGGGAUAAACCUUAUGAAUGCAAUAAAUGUGGAAAAGCCUUUCACCAGAAGUCAGACCUCAUUAAACAUCAGCGUAUUCACACAGGAGAGAAACCUUAUGUAUGUAUUAUAUGUGGAAAAGCCUUUUCCCGGAAGUCAGACCUUGUUAAACAUCAAAAGAUUCAUACAGGGGAGAAGCCUUUUGUAUGUAAUACAUGUGGAAAAGCCUUUUGCCAUAAGUCAUACCUCAGUUUACAUCAGAGAGUUCAUACAGGGGAGAAACCUUAUGCAUGUAAUGAAUGUGGAAGAACAUUUUCCCAGAAGUCAAGCCUCAAUAAGCAUCAUAGAAUUCACACAUAAGAGGAACCUAUUUAAUGCAAUGAAUGUGAGAAAACCUUAGGGCAUAAGUUAGGUCUUAACAGACAUUAUAGGGCUCAUACAGAGAAAAAAAAAUACCUAUCAACAUAAAUGCGGAAGCUCAUUUUGUUAGAACCCUGACUUCAGCACAAAGAUCUCGCAGAUGACAAAGCAUGUAUAUGUGGACAAACUUUCUACCAUAAAUCUCUCACUGUCUACCAAAGAACUCAGAAAGACCUUAUAAAUGCAAUGGAAGUGGAAUCACCUUUAACUAUAAAUGCAAGCUUCAACAAGCAUCAGCAAAAUUUUACUGAAUAAAAACUGAUAGCAUAGGGUAUGUGGGAAAACCCUUUCUGGAAGUCACACAUCAGCAGGGUUUAGGGAAUUCACAUGAGGGGGUAAUCCUGUAUGACAGAGAUGGGCUAUGUGUUAUUUUCUUCUCUUUGAUACACAAUCUGCAUUUUUUUUCCCUCACUUUUUUGUAAGACAAAUUCUGCUUUCACAUGUGAAUUUUGUUAACAAAUAUUCAGUCUAACAUUCAGUUAUCUGAAAUACCAUCUGUAUCACUUAUAAAGUAUUGUUUGGUGUAGCUUUUUUUUUUUUGUCUAUGAUUUCUGCACAUUAUUCCAACCAGGGGUGUGGCCAGACACAUCUGGCUCAUCUUCCUUCCAUAGCGCUGUACCCCCAGGCCUGGAUGAUAAUUGUUUUAUUCAGGUUAGAGAUUAAUCUCUGGUGGCUUAUGAGAAUCACAUACUUGUCUGUAUGUAUGUUUGAAUUUACCCACACUGCUAGAGGAAUAAUUUAUAGGGUGAAGAGGAAUGUGAGCAAAGUGCUCUAGUGGCCUAAAAUCCAAGUUGUCUUCCUGAGAUUGAGUCUCUGGCAGUGUUUACUUUUGCUUUGUUUCUUGUAUUGCUUUUCUCCCACUUUGUUGUGAGUUAUUCCUGACUUUUUUUUAUUUACCUGGCACAGUUCUGACCCAUUUUAUUCCAUUGAGCAAUUUGGAGAUGAUAUAGGCAGGUAGCUAGUGAGCACUAGGAAUGGACAGUAAGCAGCAUCUGGAUCACACCCAAUACACUACCCAAACCCUGCUCCUGUAUACCCAAACCCUGCUCCUGUGUAGAUGCUGCUGUUUUGUCAGCUACGAGUAUGUGUGGCUGCAUACUCAGUACACCUAAUACUCAUAAGGCAACUAAGCUUCACCUCUUAUGUACUGGAUGCCAUGAUGUUUUCUGGAUCUCUGCCUGGGCACUGCAGGUACAUGUGAAAAUGAUGCUAUGAAGUUAACCAUCUUUGUUGUUUCAUUGAAGCAUCUGAGAGUUCUCAUAUUUUAAAAAAAAUAGCAUGGAUUGGGUUGUAAUCAAGUCAAAUCCCACUCACAAUAUUUGAAUAUUUAUUUAGGUACCAGUACAACCCCUUUCUAAAAAGAAUAACUCAAAAUCUUGUUCAUUGCAGCACUUGUUUUCUCCCGAGAUUUUUCACACAAGCCAUCAUAGUAUGUACUGUCCCUUUAAAUGAAUCUUGCUCUUCUGUUCCCCUUUAUCUACCUCUAUAUUGUUAUGACAUUGUUAUAGCUUUACAUUGAUUUUAGUAUUAUUUGUUUCUCUACCCCCCUCCCAAGGUAUCCCUCAGUUUUAUAAGUUAAAUAAACACAAGUUUAAGUGUUUACUUCUCUUACUCAUCCACAAUGUGCUUUUAGGAUUCUGAUUGGAUUUAUAGUAAGAUCUCAGCUUGUAUCCACUCUAGACAGACAGUUCACUCGGGCAGCAUGGCUAUUCCUAGAUGAUUAUGCUACAAAUAUAAUGCUGGAUGCUCUAGCUACAAUGACUGCUUUUCAAAAUCCCUCCCUGAGGACAGUCCUGCAAGUCAUUCUGUCUGUCCAUUGCUACUCAUUGACAAGUGCUUGUUGGCCUUGGACCUGCUACCUGGGGAUCAUACAAGUGCCAUUCAUAACAUGCAAACCUCUAAUCCAAAGAUAAACAUUUAAAACCAGAUAAAUGCUUAUGUGCAUUUUAUUGAAAAAAUAGCCAAAAUAAUGGCAAAAUAGUUGUACUUGUUCAAGAAAGUGUUGACUUACGGUCAAAGCACUGUUAGAAGAAGUACAAUCUAUCAGGGUGAUGGAAUAAUGUGAAAUGCCUGCCUCCCAACUCAGCCUUACUAUGUAUAAUGUAAAAAUUAAGCAAUAUAAAGGAGCAAAUAGUAGGAGAUAUAGUCACCUCUUUUGGGUUUGGAAUGUGAAGAAGGAAUAGAAAUAGAGGUAAAACAAAAAGGAAACAAAAGGAGUAAGUGCACAUGGAAGCCUCUGAGUUAUUUUAGGAGCCUUCAAAGCAAAAUGCCCUAAAUAUUGAUUUUCAUUGAUGUCUUCCACCAAGCCUGAAAAAUAACCAAGUAACAUUACCCAGUGCAAGAUAAAUUGAAUUUGGAGUUAAAGCAUCCCAUGGGAGUUUGCCAAACCCAGCUCCUGGACAUCACAAAAGAGUUUCAGGACUAUCGAGUCUGCAGACUUCUUGCUGUUCCAUCCCUGGAGCUGCUUUCCAACACAGGAGCCUUCUACAUCCUGUGGUAACUCCACUACUGGCCAUGUCGCAAACUGCAAAGAGUAUUAUCAGUUGAUGAAAACAUUUGGGUAUAGCUGGGAAUUUGUUCAUAGAGAAGGAGGUCACUGCACAUCCGUUUUCUGGUUCUAAGUUAUUGAGGCUGCAAGUACCAGGAAUGAGACAACAAAAAUUGCAUUAUGUGUGAAGGCAUAAGGCAGGCCUCUCAGAUCGUGUCCAGGUUGUAAGUCUGGUCUAUGUCCUGAUACAGAGCAAUUUCAAUUCCUGGAUGUCUGGGCAACCCAGCUGGUGCACAGAACGCCAGUUGGUAUGGGUAUUUGCUACCUGCUGUGAUGUGUACAGCUGCUUAUGGGGCUGGACUGAAGUUCUGGGCUACACAUACAACUUUUGUGUGGACCCUUUGUGAUAGAAGAUGGAAGAGAUUUUGCUGGCAUCAAAAUUGUGUGCUGGAUAUGAGUAGCCUGGUCAUUUGUCCCUGACCUAGGUUUCAGACUUCCCAGCACCCAUGAAACUCACUUUCUUGCAAGUACAGCAUAGUCCGCAUGCUCACGUUUCCUCAUCCAAAAGCCAAUCUUGCUUGGCAAGAGAUGUGUGAGCAGCAGCAAAUGGGUGAUGAUGGCUGGCCUCAUCCAACCAGGCUCAGUGCAGAGACCAUGUAAACACUGAAGGCUGAAUGGCUGUUACAAUAGCAUUCAAGUGUCCAGGGAAGGGACAGAAGUGAGCAGCAUGCUGUGCUCUCCAUGAGAGAACCUGAGAAUGGUUGAAUUCAGAGUCUGGAGCAUACUGAUGUACAGAAGGAUCACUUUCUACUUGCCACCAUCCCAGCUCCUGGUCUCCCAAGCAGGCAGUAAAGAACACCAUUUCUCUAUCCUUUUGCACUCAAUUCUAUUUUUUCAUGCUGUUUAUUUUGGCUGUCUUUUUCUAGUU